AUGGGAGAUCAAUUGGCGAAAGCAGAGGAUUUUGAGAAUAAGGCAGAAAAAAAGCUGAGUAGUUGGGGCAUGUUUGGUUCCAAAUUUGAGGAUGCCGCUGAUCUAUUUGAUAAAUCUGCCAAUUCCUAUAAGCUCUCCAAAUCAUGGGACAAAGCAGGAUCCACCUAUGUUAAGUUGGCAAAUUGCCAUUUGAAGUUGGAAAGCAAGCAUGAAGCUGCCUCGGCUUAUGUUGAUGCUUCGCAUUGCUACAAAAAAGUUAAUGUGAAUGAGGCUGUAUCUUGUUUAGACAAUGCUGUAAAUAUUUUCUGUGACAUUGGAAGAAUUUCUAUGGCUGCUAGAUAUUUGAAGGAAAUUGCUGAAUUAUGCGAGUCUGAACAAAAUAUCGAGAAGGCCCUUGUUUACUAUGAAAAAUCAGCCGAUUUUUAUGAAAGUGAGGAGGUGACAACAUCUGCAAACCAGUGCAAGCAAAAAGUUGCUCAAUUUUCUGCUCAGCUAGAAAAAUAUCAGAAAUCGAUUGAAAUUUACGAAGGGAUAGCUCGCCAGUCUCUCAACAAUAACCUGUUGAAGUAUGGAGUUAAAGGACAUCUUCUUAACGCUGGGAUCUGCGAACUUUGUAAAGGAGAUGUCAUUGCUAUUUCCAAUGCAUUAGAACGAUAUCAGGAAUUGGAUCCGACGUUUUCAGGAACACGCGAAUAUAGACUUUUGGCGGAUGUUGCUGCUGCAAUUGAUGAAGAAGACGUUGCAAAGUUUACUGAAGCUGUCAAAGAGUUCGAUAGCAUGACUCCUUUGGAUUCGUGGAAAACAACACUUUUUCUGAGGGUGAAGGAAAAACUGAAAGCCAAAGAACUUGAGGAGGAUGAUCUUACUUGA